AUGGCCCCAACAAUCUCGCAGUCUUUCGACUGCAAAUUACCAAGAGCACCUGAGAUCGAAUUUGGUUUUAAGGGCUCCUAUCGAGAAUUCAAAUCCACUGUUCCAUCCACCGUUGACAUCGAUGCAAUACCUGUCUUCAUCAAAGAAGAUGCUUCGGUUUUCCAGACGAUCGCAGAAAGAUAUUUCCCCCCUGUGACACCCUUCAGCCCACUCCAAGCUAGCCUGCCCAUACUGGAAAAAACGCAUCGUUUGGACACAGAGGCCGACGUUUUGCGGAUUUCUAUACUUCAACUCAUCCAUCCUGUGAAUAUAGCUCUCCAGGAGAUACUCCAAGCCGGGACCAAAAUUAUCUGCGGAACUGAGUCAUAUGGUGGACCUAAAAGUCGUUUCGAUGUGCAGUGGUCCCUUUAUUCCGACCAGGGAACGUUGCUGGAGAUUCUUGCUGUUCUUGAGGUCAAAAAUACGCACAUUAUACGUCGAGUUGACUUUGCGCCGGCUGAAGCCACCGAGCAGAACUUAGAGAUACAAAGGAGCAAGGCCGCCAGUAGAGAGCCGCAUUUUACGCUGCUUGAGAAGAAUGCAGUUUGGCUCUCAAAGCAAGCCGGUAAAUACUCGCAACAGUGCGCCAGUGUUGCGGUGUUUGACUGGAAUGCUAUGUUUAUUUUCAAUUACCUUCAUGAACAAUCUACUAUAGGCGGGGCGGUGAGAGGCACUUACUUCGAUGAAUCUGGCUCGACCAAGGAUAUGACGUUCCGGCGCCUUCUUUUCGCAUUUGUGGCUCGGGCACUGAAAAGGUACGAAGCUGUGAGUAUGCGGAGCUAG